AUGAGGACACACGCACUGGACAGCGAGCAGUGCGCUCGCUCGCUGGAAAACCUCGGGGUUUCUGAUCCGAAGACGAAAAACCUCGAGGUGGCCGUGGUGCUGGUGGACCCAGCGCUUCGGGCUUUCGGCCAAUGGUUGGUUCGCGUGGCAAGUUGGGAGCCAAUUGGACGCGUGCGACGAGUCUUGCAAGAGAAGCUCUCGCACUUAUGA